CUGGGCGACAGAGCAAGACUCCCUCUCAGAAAAACAAAAAAACCGUGGAGCUAGCCCCACAGGUUUAGGACCCUUGACUUCCUCGUUAGUAUUUCAGAUCAACCCUUUGUUGGGCCCCUGGAAGGUCGGUCCCCUACUAGUAACGUGAGGUGAACGGGGGUACGUCUGCUGUAAAGUGGGGGGCGUCUGAUGCGGACAAAGGCUGGGUCCCGAGAAAGCGCAGGGUCAGAAAAGUGCCCCCCAAAGCCGUCCCUGCACCCGAACCCUAGGAAGGCCUCGCGCAGAGCCUUCGGCAGCGGUUUACGACCUGGGCGGGGCGUCCCGGAGGCUCUAUGCAAAUCAGCCCAGCGGACCCCGUCCAGCGCCCGGGCUCCGGAAGCAGCGCUCCCCUCCCACUCCCCGCGCUUCCGGCCAGGCCCGCGCCCCCCAGAUGCCGAGAGCCUGCAGCCCCGGCCCGGCGGCGAUGGCGCGGCGCCUGCGUGUGCUGGUGGACAUGGACGGCGUCCUGGCCGACUUCGAGGCCGGCCUUCUGCGGGGCUUCCGCCGCCGCUUCCCUGAGGAGCCGCACGUGCCGCUGGAGCAGCGCCGCGGCUUCCUGGCCCGCGAGCAGUACCGCGCCCUGCGGCCCGACCUGGCGGAUAAAGUGGCCAGUGUGUACGAAGCCCCGGGCUUUUUCCUGGACCUGGAGCCCAUCCCGGGGGCCUUGGACGCUGUGCGGGAGAUGAACGACCUACCGGACACGGAGGUCUUCAUCUGCACCAGCCCCCUGCUGAAGUACGACCACUGUGUGGGCGACGAGGAGACCCCGCGCUGGGAGCACAUCUUGUUCACCUGCUGUCACAAUCGGCACCUGGUCCUGCCCCCGACAAAGAGACGGUUGCUCUCCUGGAGUGACAACUGGAGGGAGAUCUUAGACAGCAAGCGAGGAGCCGCGCAGCGGGAAUGAGCGGGGAUGCCGCGGGCAGCAGCUGGCGCUGAAGGGCGGACAGGGGCCACCACAGAGCCGAGUCAGGGCGGCAUCGUGCUGGUGCCUCUGGCCCUGUGGAGUGGAGCAGGCAGAUACCGUUAAGCGCUGUGCUGCCAGGCCCCAGGCCCAGCCACCCGGUACCUUCCGAGAGGCUGCCGCUGGCCCCUGGCUUGCGUGGAAAUAGUGGGAAAACCAGUUGGAACUCUUUAAUAAAAGACGGCUUUCUGGUC